CGGACGGACGCACUCUGUUUUCCCGCGAAAAUAAACGUCAGAAAGUGAAAUAAAACUUUUUCUGAAGUGAAUAUUUACAAAGUGAGUUUAAGUGUGUAAAAUUAUCAAAAGUGAACAAGCUUGAUGGGAUAAAUAACGUGUUUUGCACCCAGACACUAUGUCCAUCUUAGGGCCCUAUUUCACUAAGACAUCAUGGUGGCAACAAUCCCUAAUAAAUGCCAGCGGGUGGCGGCAACCAUGGAGUCCUGAGUACGGAAUGGCUGUGUUAUGGCUGUGUUUGACUUGAAGGGUAUAUAAGGAGGGAGACGCGGCCUCAUCAUGACGUCUCCUGAUAUCAGACAAGGGCGGACACGCCUGGAGACGAUGGUGGAGCUGCCCUCAGCCAUCGAGGACUGUGCUACUGACGUGGGCGGCGGCAGUGGCGACAGCACUCGAGAGGGCGAGGGGGAUGAAACUCAAAGUCCGGUGGGCGAACGUCUGCCCGGGGACGGCUCCAGCACCGCCCCUGAGGACCAGCAUCGAACCAGUGAUGAUGAUGGCUCCACCGACAGCACGCGCAACAGCAUCGGACCAUUCCGGGAAGAGAGUGAGAUAGUGGCAACCGAAUGCAUGCUUCGAACCGGAAAGUAUUAUAAAGGAAUAUAUUGGCCUUCCAUCACAAAUAGUUUUAAGGAUGAAACAGUAGAAUCGUCGUAUCAAAGGUAUUCUAGAAGACAGCGGCAGAGGUCGCUUAUUAUGGUCAAUGUAGUCGAUUUGGCGCUCAAAGUAUGCUUAGCAUUUACAACACUAAUUAAUAGCGAUUCAAUGCCUCUAGACCCGUACUCGAUAGCAUCGACAGUGGCAUUCGCGUCUUUGAACAUUGGGGUCUGCAUGCUGGGCUGCUGGCGAUGUUUCGCCAACAACUACCUCCACUGGGCCGCGGCCGCAACAUGGAUUCUGCUCAUCGCCCAGGGUCUAAGCGGCAGAGGUAUAGGGUUCCAAGCCGCUGAGAACCAAGUAUGGUACAUGCUGUUCAUCAUCUUCGUACCAUACGCCAUGUUACCGCUGUCCCUGGGGUGGUGCAUCGUCAUUGGCUUGCUGUCGUCCCUAGCUCAUGUGCUGGCCACGGCCGUUGACAUCAAGGACCAUAUGGACCAUAAGAAUGUGGCCCGUUCUUGCGGUAUGCGCCUCCUCGUCAGCAACGCAUUGCUGUACAGCGCAGUGAACUUCGCGGGCAUGUACGCCAAGUAUCUGGCUGACUGGGGACAGAGGAAGGCUUUCCUGGAGACACACCGGUCCAUGGUUACUAGACAGCGGACGAAGAGAGAGAGUGACCGGCAGUGGAAGCUGUUCCAAAGUGUAAUUCCAGACUUCCUAGCGAAAGAAAUCUACCAGCACGUGUCCCGAGUGAAGGGCGAGUUUCAGGAGCAACAGUUCAACAACCUCUACAUACAGAGGCAUCAGAAUGUCUCCAUACUGUAUGCUGAUAUCAAAGGAUUCACAGAACUAUCAAGCAAAUGCAGCGCCCAAGAGCUGGUGAAAUUGCUGAACGAGCUGUUCGCCAGAUUCGACAGGUUGGCGUCGGAGAACCACUGUCUACGCAUCAAGUUGCUCGGUGACUGCUACUUCUGCGUGAGCGGUCUGCCGGACCAGCGCGUCGACCACGCGCACUGCUGCGUCAACAUGGGGCUCCACAUGAUUCGCGCCAUCAGAGACGUGCGCUACAAUGCACAGGUGGACCUGGACAUGAGGAUAGGCAUCCACAGCGGUACGGUGCUGUGCGGCGUACUGGGCCUACUGAAAUGGCAGUUUGAUCUGUGGUCGCAUGACGUCACCAUCGCCAACCACAUGGAGAGCGGCGGGUUGCCUGGCCGCGUCCACAUAUCAGCGGCGACACUAGAGAGCCUCAACAACGCGUUCGAGGUGGAGCCCGGCGAAGGGUACAACAGGGACCCUUACAUCCGAGAACAGAACUUGGUCACCUACCUCAUCAAGACCACCGAGCAGCCGCGGCGGAUGAGACAUCGCUCUAGAGUCAAUGACCAGUCAACAGUGAAACAGAUGUGGGAAGGCACGCCGCGACGGCCGAGUAGCAGCAUCGAUGAUGAAAUCCCGGGGGAUUGGACGCCAGAGAUGCCUUUCCAAAAUUAUUACUCGAGCGGUGCGGCCGGCGUGGUCCGGCGUCGGCGGAUGCGCCGGAGUUGUGACGCGGAGCAAGAGCAAGAUCCGGACGAAGUGACAGAUAUGUCUGAGGAAGAUGACAUAAUAAACAACUCGAUCGAGGUGAGCAGUAAUCGUCGCAUACGCAUAGAAAAGAUGCGGCGCUGGUCGCUGCGGUUCAGGGAGGGCUCGCUCGAGCAGUGCUUCGGGGACCUCGACGAGCACACGUUCAAGUCCAACGUCAUGUGCUGUCUGGUGCUCUGGCUGUUCAUAGUCGCUGUGCAGUACGUCAUGCAUUUCAAUUGCUGGAGGCUAGUAGUGGCUCUAGCAGUGAUGACGAUACCACUGACGUUAUCAUUCGUGGUGGUGAUGAUGGAAGAGUUCCCGGGCAUCCUGCCGCGGCUGGUGAAGCUGUCUGCCUGGGUCAGCGGGAGUCGGAUGCGACGCAGCAUGCACAUCUGUGUAUAUAUCACUGUCAUGUCUAUAUCCAGCACCGUAAAACUCUACAUCUGUGAUUCGUCUUUUCCCAACGAGUUUACGUUUUCCAACACAACAUUGAACACUACAAGAGAGGAGAUUCAGGAGUGUUAUCGGCCUGAAUAUGUGGUGUUCACGUGGAUACUGUGUUUGGUGGCUUUGACGUCGAUAGUGAAGCUGUACUACUUGAUAAAGACGUGUUUAGCCAUUAUGAAUGUGGCGAUAUACCUGGCCUUGUUGCUGGUCUACUAUGAUGUUUACUACUUCGAUUCCUCUGACAGCCAGCUUCCAUUCUACGUGCAAAUGGUGAUCCUGAUGAUAAUGUUCCUCAUUAUGGUGGUAUACCAGUCUCGCUUAGUGGAAGUGACGGCGAGGUUAGACUUCCUAUGGAAACUGCAGGCGGAGAACGACCUCGACCAGAUGAAAGACACACAGAAGACCAACAGACAUCUGUUAAAGCAUAUACUACCUGACCAUGUUAUUAACCACUUCUUGAGUAAUGACCGGUGUCCUGAUGAACUAUACUCGCAAUGGCGGGACGAGGUGGGCGUGAUGUUCGCAGGCAUUCCCAACUUCCACGAGUUCUACUCCGAGCAGAAGGCUGUCGACUGCAUGCGCCUGCUCAACGAGAUCAUUUUUGAUUUCGACAAGUUGCUCAUGCAGCCGCGCUUCAAAGCGAUAGAGAAGAUCAAAACCAUCGGGGCGACGUAUAUGGCUGCCUCGGGGCUCAACCCUAAUCAUAAGACUGGAGACGAAGAUAACGAACACCUAUGCGCACUUGUGGACUACGCAUUCGCGCUCAGAGAGGCGCUAGAUGAUAUAAACAAACACAGUUUUAACAAAUUCCAGCUCAGAGUUGGGAUCAGUUGUGGGCCGCUAGUGGGCGGUGUGAUCGGCGCGCGCAAGCCGGUGUAUGACAUCUGGGGCAACACUGUGAACGAGGCUUCACGGAUGGAGAGCACCGGCGCCAUGGGACGCAUACAGGUCACCAAGUACACCAAACAGCUGUUACACCGCCGCGGCUACGAGCUGGAGCCCCGCGGGGAGGUGGAGGUGAAGGGCAAGGGUCGCAUGGAGACGUGGUGGGUGGUGCGGCAGCGCGGCGCGGACGCACGACGCGCGGCGCACACGUGCGCGGCGCCGCGCUCGCUGGCCGCCGUCGUGUACACCAUGCUGCAGGCCAGGAAGAGAAUCUACACGCACCCGCUGGACGGCGCCACUACUCAGCCAGCCAAACGCGGCGGCAGCAUGCACAGCGGUAUGCCAUCGCGACACCGCUCCGCCGAGCUGCGCCGGACGCGCUCGCGACGCGCCGAGACGUGCUACGAAGACAUGGAGUUGGGUGUGGGCAUCCGGCCGCACGCAGCCAGCAUGGUGGUGCGGCGGCCCGACAUGGCGCCCUCCAUCCUCGGCUCCAUGUCGGCCCCACACACGCCCACCACGCCGCACGCGCCGCCUGACACUCCCGUCGACCCUCCGCCUAAACUGGGCAUCGGGGCCAGGCUGAAAGCUGCCAGCUUCUCAUAUAGAACACGGCCAAGAGACAGGUCGCCGAAGAUUAAAGAGCAGCCGAACGAAGGGUCAAAAGUGUCAAUCAGCAACGGCGGGCCGGGCUCGUUCAGGUUUCGCUCGGUGACGACGGGGUCCUUCUUCCGCGGGCGCAGUCGCGACAAGAAACGCGAGAGCGAGCCGCCGCCGCAGCUGCACAGGGAGAACGGCGAUAUGGUCACUACUAGGAUGUAAAACGAUGAACGGAAAUAAACAUGGAAGCAUUGUUGUGGUUCAAAAAUGACGCAACAAAAGCGGUUUCAAAUACCGCCACACCUGGCCUUUAUUGCUGUGGUAUAAAGGUAUAAAUCUUAUUUACGAAACGUCGUAAAUGGCUAAGCAUAGACAAAUAGCGACAUAAAAUCCAUAACAUUAUCAAUACAAUACAAUACAAAAACUCUUUAUUGCACUUAAAUCACAUAAAAAAAAAUAUAUCGCGUUUUUCUUUUUUUUUAAAUUUUAGUGUAAGUACAAUUAUUUUGGUGUCACUAAUCAAAUGCGAGUGUAGAGACUGCUUCCAUGUUUAUUUUCGUUCAUUGGAUAAAAGAAUACCUAUAACGGGUAGAAAAAGUGUAUAUAAAUGAAACUCGACCGCAGAGUACCUUUUAAGGCUGGACGGUAAGCGUGUACGCCUUCAACCUGAUUUCCGUCACCGUUUUAUUUUUAUUAAGACCACAGUCUCAUCUGAUCUGAUUCUGUGGCCUACGAUGAUGGUAUUCUGGUUACAUUGGUAGUGCAUUAUUCCGUAUUCCCGAGCGCCUCGUCGAUUCCGCCGCGUGCGGUCGCAAUACCAAUAUUUUCACGCUCUAGCAAAUGACGAUUCCAUGUGAAAGAAAAGGAUAAAACCAUUGGAAAAAGUGAGAUAGAUGUAGUUCAACCCUUACCGUUCUACACAUAGUAUUGUUCUUUAUUCUAUGCCUUAAGCGUACUUAAGACAACCAGUUUCGUAACUACGGGUUUUGUUUUAAUAUUCUUAAUGGAAAAGUGAUGGCUAAAAUAUUUUCGAAUUAAAGUGUGUAGGUAGGUACAUAAUUUCUUCGCGUUGCGGCACGAAAAAAUAAUUAAUGAAGAGUUCUCAAGUUCAUAAACAUUUCAUAAGAUCGAAAAAUAGCCAAAGAUAUUUAAACCAAAUUUUUAAUAUAAGGAAGUAGUGAUGUGGCUAUUGUAUUUGUUUAGAUUUUAGUUAUACUCGUAUUAUGAAAAGAUUAUUAUUUUGUGAAGACAUAUAUUUAAUAGAAUAUAUUAAUUAUUUAAGAUGAUUUUAUAGUUCAUUUCAAUAUUCACGCACAAAAGAGAAAUAAUAUUUAUAAUUAUUUACAAUUAGUUUAAGGUUGCACAAAGUGUCUAUAAUGCUUUUUAACUAUAUAAAGGUGUUUAAAAUAAUUA